AUGACCGUCGUUGCGACCAUCAAGUGCGUCGUCGUUGGUGACGGUGCUGUGGGCAAGACGUGCCUCCUCAUCAGCUACACCACCAACAAAUUCCCCUCGGAAUACGUCCCGACCGUCUUUGACAACUAUGCCGUCACGGUAAUGAUUGGCGACGAGCCGUAUACCCUCGGGCUGUUCGAUACUGCAGGUCAAGAGGACUACGACAGACUCCGACCUCUCUCCUACCCGCAGACCGAUGUCUUCCUCGUCUGCUUCAGCGUCACAUCACCCGCCUCGUUCGAGAACGUCCGGGAGAAGUGGUUCCCCGAGGUCCACCACCACUGCCCCGGCGUCCCCUGCCUCAUCGUCGGUACCCAGGUCGACUUGCGCGAUGACCCCAGCGUCAGGGAGAAAUUGGCGAGGCAGAAGAUGACUCCCGUGAGGAGAGAGGACGGCGAGCGCAUGGCCAAGGAGCUUGGCGCUGUCAAGUACGUUGAGUGCAGCGCGCUCACACAGUUCAAGCUGAAGGAUGUGUUUGACGAGGCGAUUGUUGCUGCGCUUGAGCCGCCCAUGCCCAAGAAAAAGUCACACAAGUGCCUCGUCCUAUAA